AUGGCAAAGAAAAUGAUGAGUCAACCUGGUUUAGUUGAAGAAUUUAUUAAAAUAGUUGAUAGUUUUGGAGGAGAAGAUUGUAGAAAUUGGGCUCAUGUAGCAAGAAUUCUAUAUAAUGCUUGUUAAUUUCAAGUUAAAUCUCCUUAAAAACUUAAACGUGUUUAUGAGACUUUGAAAAUUCCUAAAUAAGAAUUAUCUAAUUUUUAAUUUUCAAAGUUAUUAGAAAUAGACAUAAAAUGUCGUGGAAAUCAUAUAACAGCAACUAAAGAUUUUCUUAAUGAAACUGGUGUUAGAAUGUCUUAGUGUAGAUUUAAAGAACAUGCUGUUUUGGGUAUUAGAAAUACUUUGAAGGCUUUAGUUAAAAUAUUAGGAACUUAAAAGAAAACUAUGUAACCAAUCUUAAGUAGGUUUUCAUAUACAUCAAUUCAAAUAAUGUUUAGAGCAGCUGAUUGUAAAGAUUAGGAUAUUUAAAUAUAAGAAAUAAAAAGAUAUGCAAAAUUGUUUGAAUAAGCUUAUUUGAUUUAUGCUGAGAAUCAUUUUAAAAGUUAACCAGAUUUAUUUGAUCUAUUGAAACCAAUUAUGAAUAGAUUACAAUUCAGAAGAUGUUUAUUUUAUUUAUUUUUUAUUGAUGAAUUGAAAUCAAUUUCAUUAAAAUAAAUAAAAGAUGAUUAUGAUUUAAAAAAUCAUCCAUUAUUAUAGAAAACAAUAGAAUUAAAUAAAAAAUUACCAUUUUAUUAAAAAGUAGUUAAUUUAUGUGAUAGAGAAGAGAAAUAUAAUAUGUAUUGCAAUUAUAAUAAUAAUGAUGAUUAAUUUUUUAAAAUAUAUUUAGAUGAAAAUCAAUUAAAAAAAAGAUAAGCUCUUUAGAUAAGAAAAUAAAAUGAGAAUCUUAAAACAGUAAGAGGAAAGAUUCAUUAACCAGGAGAUUAAUUAUUUAGGGGAUGGAAAACAGUUGUAUUUUAACCAGAUGAAGAUAUAAUGACUAUUGAUAGAGAAGCUUAAUUGAAAUAGGAAUUGAAAAGAAAAAGAAUGUAAGAAUUAUAUGAAGUUGCAUUUGGAGAAGAUAAUAAUUGA